GAAGCAGCCGGCGGCGGGCGUGGGGGCCCCGGCGCAGCCCUUCUUCCCGUUCCUGCAGCAGCAGGAGCCGGCGCCCGGCGCGCGCGAGCUGUCCCCGGCCGACGGCUGCGUGCUGGUGUGCGCCGUGUGCCGAUGCUUCCUGGGCGAGCAGUGGGCCGCCUUCGAGCGCGCCCGCACGCCCGUGGACAAGCGCAUGUACUGGCUUAAGCGGCCCCACCAGUGCGACGCGGGCGCGGGCGGGCGACGCGGGGGCGCCGGGGCCCCCCGCGAGUGGAACGUCGCCUACGCGCUGGGCGCUGCGGCCGGCGACGAAGACGACGACGACGGUGGCAGCGGCGGUGGCCCCGGGCCCCGCGCGGCCGCUGAGGAGCCUCGAGACUCGGAGCUGUCGGAGCUGUCGGACACCGACCCCCUCUCCGAGCCCGACCCGGCCGCGCGCGACCCCGCCAGUCCCCACCAGGACGGGGCGCCGGCGGCUCGGACUGCCCCGGGGCCCGGGCCUCGCGGGGGCCGCUGCCCGGAGUGGAGGCUGGCGCCGGGCCCUUCUCCUGGACAGGGCGCAGAGACCACCGCAGCGGGGGACGUGGAAAAGGAGGAGGUCCCCUCGAAGCUCCGAGUGGACGGGGAGCCCAAGGCGGGCAUCCGGCGCCGGCGGAAGGGCCCUGGGAGGCACUGGGUCCCGGAGGCCCGGGCCAGCGUCCUGAGGGGCAUUCAGGACCCUUGGCUAGGGCCUACAGUCCAGGUGGCCCCUGCAGAGAGCAUGAAAGGAGCCCCUUCCGGCAGGGCCGCCAAGACCCCUGAGAGCAGGCCGCUGGGGGAGACCCGCGGGGGCUGCUGCGUGUCAGAGGACAGUGACAUCAACAUCACCAGCGAGGAGGAGGGCCACAAGGAGCAGCCUUUCUCAGGCCCCCGCGGCCCCCGAGACAAGGAAAACGGUGGCGGCCGUGGCCCCCGCGCUCCCCUGGAGAGCCGGGCUGCGCCACCAGAGGGCCUUUGCUGCUACGUCUGCGGGUCGGCGCUGUCCCCGGCCUCGCAGCACCAGAUCCACGUGCAGAAGCAGGAGAAGCUGGCCCAGGCCCCUUUCUUCCCCUUCCUGUGGCUGCACAGCCCACCCCCAGGGGCACAGCCCAUCAGCGAGGGCGGCAGCACCCUGGUGUGCCCCUGCUGCUUCUCGUCCCUCAUGCAGCAGUGGCAGAGCUUCGAGCUGGCCAGUGUGCCCGUCCUGCAGAGGCUCUACGUGGUGCCCCUGAACAGCCACGCCCCCGGCAUGGCCUCCAAGGGCAGGAGGCUCCCAAGGGAAGAGGGCCCGCCCGCCGGGGCCCUGCCAGAGGCCUGCUACCUCUGCGGGGAGGACUGUACCCAGGACGCCCGGGCAGUGGCCUCCAGGAUGCUCAACGGCCACACCAGGGGCUCCAUGCAUUUCCCCUUCCUCAGCCUCCUGCCCUGCCCCCCCAACGCCCAGGGCCCCAACAAGCGCUGUGAGGUCCGCAGCUGCCCCAAGUGCUUCAGCGUGCUGGAGGACGUCUGGGCCCUGUACCGGGCCUGCCAGAACGAGGAGCUCAUCACCUCCGUGCAGGGCUUCCUGGGCAGGUACCACCAGGCCUUCUCGGCCUCAGACCCUGCUCUCUCCGAGCCGCCCGCGUCGGCCCAGGGCAGCCCGGCGUCCAUCUGCUACGUCUGCGGGGCUGAGCUGGGCCCUGGGAAGGAGUUCCAGCUCAACGUGAACCCUUCCAGCCGCUUGGGCGAGAAAGAGCCCUUCUUUCCCUUCCUCACCGUCUAUCCGCCUGCCCCACGCGCCAGGCCUGCCGACUCCACCGGCCUGGUGGCCACCUGCGUGCUUUGCUACCACGACCUGCUGGGCCAGUGGCUGCAGCACGAGGCCCGCGGCACCCAGCACGCCGUCAGCCCCUGGUCUCGGCAGUACCAAGUAGAGACGUUCGUGUGCUUCUUCUGCCGGCAGGAGAAGAAGCGGUGUCUUGGGCUGAAGGCCGUGCGGGUAGCUCGGCUGCCCUUGUUUCUCUACACCCUGCGAGCGAGCCACAGCCUAUUAGUGGACGAUGGCCGGCAGCUGAUAAUCGGUGCCUGCACAGAGUGCGGGACCCUGGUGUGUGCUGGCCAAGGGCUCACCCGCCAGGGACCCAUGGGUUGGAGCUCCCCAGUGGCAGCUGCGAGGAAGGUCACCUCUGCAUCUCUCGAGGCAUCGACGGCCGUCCACCCUCCCUCCCGGGAGCCCGAGUCUCGGCCAGGCGCCCCAGCGGAGAGCCUGCCCAGGGGCCCCAGGACCGCCCAGGAGCAGGGGCCAGCCCGGUGUCAGCAGAGCAGCCUGGACGGGGCCGGACCAGACCUCACGGGCACAGGCAUGAGCCAUGAGCCCAAGUCCCCUUCACUAGGGAUGCUUUCCACCGCGACCAGGACCACCGCCACCGUCAACCCCCUCACCCCCUCGCCGCUCAAUGGCGCCCUGGUGCCCAGCGGCAGCCCCGCCACCAGCAGCGCGCUGUCGGCCCAGGCCGCGCCGUCCUCCAGCUUUGCUGCCGCGCUGCGCAAGCUCGCCAAACAGGCGGAGGAGCCCAGAGGGUCUUCACUGAGCAGUGAGUCGUCCCCCGUCUCCUCUCCGGCCACCAACCACAGCUCUCCGGCCAGCACGCCCAAGCGCGUGCCCAUGGGCCCCAUCAUCGUCCCCCCUGGGGGCCACAGCGUCCCUAGCACGCCCCCCGUGGUGACCAUCGCCCCCACCAAGACCGUCAAUGGCGUGUGGAGGAGCGAGAGCCGGCAGCAAGACGCUGGCUCUCGGGGCAGCGGCAGCAGUCGGGAACGCCUGAUCGUGGAGCCCCCGCUGCCCCAGGAGAAGGCAGGGGGCCCGGCCAUCCCCUCCCACCUGCUCAGCACCCCCUACCCCUUCGGCAUCUCCCCCAGCUCGGUGGUGCAGGACUCCCGCUUCCCUCCGCUGAACCUCCAGCGGCCCGUGCAUCACGUGGUGCCCCCCAGCACGGUGACCGAGGACUACCUGCGGAGCUUCCGGCCCUACCACACCGCCGAGGACCUCCGCAUGUCCUCCCUGCCUCCCCUGGGCCUGGACCCGGCCACCGCCGCGGCCUACUACCACCCCAGCUACCUGGCCCCGCACCCCUUCCCCCACCCGGCCUUCAGGAUGGACGACUCCUACUGCCUGUCGGCCCUGCGGUCCCCCUUCUACCCCAUCCCCACGCCCGGCUCCCUGCCCCCACUGCAUCCGUCAGCUAUGCAUCUCCACCUCUCUGGGGUCCGCUACCCGCCCGAGCUCUCGCACUCGUCCCUGGCGGCGCUGCACUCGGAGCGGAUGUCCAGCCUCAGUGCCGAGAGGAUGCAGAUGGACGAGGAGCUGAGGCGGGAGAGGGAGCGCGAGCGGGAGCGGGAGGCCGACCGAGAGCGGGAGAAGGAGCGCGAGCGCGAGAAGGAGCUGGAGCGCGAGCGGGAGAAGGAGCGCGAGCGCGAGCGCGAGCUGGAGCGGCAGCGGGAGCAGCGGGCCCGCGAGAAGGAGCUGCUGGCCGCCAAGGCGCUGGAGCCGGCCUUCCUGCCCGCGGCCGAGCUGCACGGGCCGCGGAGCCACGCCGCUGAGGAGCGGGGCAAGGCCGCGGAGCAGCUGACCCCGACCCGAGCAGAGAAGCUGAAGGACGUGGGCCUGCAGGCGCCCAAGCCCGUGCAGCACCCCCUGCACCCGGCGGCCGCCCCGCACCACCCCGUGCCUGGCCUCCUCUCCACCCACGGCCUCUUCUCUCUGCCGGGCAGCAGUGCGGCCACGGCCCUGCUCCUCCAGCGCACCAACGAGGAGGAGAAGUGGCUGGCGCGGCAGCGGCGGCUGCGCCAGGAGAAGGAGGACCGCCAGUCGCAGGUGUCCGAGUUCCGGCAGCAGGUGCUGGAGCAACACCUGGACCUGGGCCGGCCGCCGGCGCCCGCGGACGCGGAGCACAGGCCUGAGAGUGCCAGGCCGGGACCAAACCGUCACGAGCCGGGAGGCCGCGACGCCCCGCAGCACUUUGGCGGCCCCCCGCCCCUCAUCUCACCCAAGCCCCAGCACCACUCGGUGCCCACGGCCCUCUGGAACCCGGUGUCCCUGAUGGACAGCACGCUGGAGACACGGCGCGCCCCCGAGGGCCACCCUCUGCACGGCCACCCCGCCCCGUUUGAGCCCAGCCGCCAGGCGGCCGUCCCGCUGGUGAAGGUGGAGAGGGUCUACUGCCCCGAGAAGGCGGAGGAGGGACCCCGGAAGCGAGAGGCCGCCCCCCUGGACAAGUACCAGCCGCCGCCCCGCGAGGCGGGGGGCCUGGAGCAGCAGGCCUUCCCCCCCGCGCCCGCGCACUUCCUGGCGGAGCUCGAGCCGUCCACCCAGACCGUCCUGGGCCAGCCCCGGGCCUCGCUCGCCCCGCCGGCCCCCUUCGGGGAGCCCCCCGGGCCCCUGAAGCCAGGCUCGCCCUACCGGCCCCCGGCGCCACGGGGCCCCGACCCCACCUACGUCUACGACGAAUUGCUGCAGCAGCGCCGGCGGCUGGUCAGCAAGCUGGACCUGGAGGAGCGCCGGCGGCGGGAAGCCCAGGAGAAAGGAUACUACUACGACCUGGACGACUCCUAUGACGAGAGUGACGAAGAGGAGGUCAGGGCCCACCUCCGCUGUGUGGCCGAGCAGCCGCCCCUCAAAUUGGACACGUCCUCCGAGAAGCUAGAGUUUUUGCAACUUUUUGGCUUGACCACCCAACAGCAGAAGGAGGAACUGCUGACCCAGAAGCGGAGGAAGCGGCGGCGGAUGCUGAGAGAAAGAAGCCCGUCGCCCCCGACGGUUCAGAGCAAGCGGCAGACGCCUUCGCCGAGACUGGCGCUGUCCACCCGCUACAGCCCCGACGAGAUGAACAGCAGCCCCAACUUCGAGGAGAAGAGGAAGUUCCUGACCAUCUUCAACCUGACCCACAUCAGCACUGAGAAGAGGAAAGACAAAGAGAGACUUGUUGCGCUGCUCCAGGCCGUGAAGCAGAAGGCGCUGUCGGCCGCGGCGGCAGACCCGCUCAGGAACUCUCCGAGGGACAGUCCUGCUGGGUCCCUGAGCGAACCAGCCACGCAGCAAGCCUCUCUGGAUACGGAGAAGCCUGUGGGCAUCACUGCUUCCUUGUCUGACGUCCAGAAGGCCACGGAGCCUGGGAGACUGGAACAGCUCCGGCCCCAGGAGCGAGUCCAGGAGCCAGCGCCCGCCAGCGGUGAGAAAGCCAGGCCGAGCGAGACCCCUGGGGGCAAGAAGAGCCUGAGCAUGCUCCACUACAUCCGGGGCCCCACGCCCAAGGACAUCCCCGUGCCGCUGUCCCACGGCAUCAACGGGAAGAGCAAGCCGUGGGAGCCCUUCGUGGCGGAAGAGUUCGCGCAUCAGUUCCACGAGUCCGUCCUGCAGUCCACCCAGAAAGCCCUGCAGAAGCACAGAGGAAGCGCAGCUGUGCUGUCUGCAGAGCACCACAGCGUCGACGCCUCCGUCCACUACAACCUCCCCGAGCUGCGGCCCUCCAGCCGGCUGCCUCUGCCCCAGCGCGACGGGCAGCAGGAGCCCCCCGCCGGGAGGAAGGGCCCCCUGGCGCAGGAGAUGGACCCGGACUCAGAGGAGGAGGAGGAGGACGACGGAGAGGAGGACGACGAGGACCCCCCCAGGCGCAAGUGGCAUGGGAUCGAGGCCAUUUUUGAAGCUUACCAGGAACACGUAGAAGAGCAAAAUCUAGAGCGGCAGGUGUUACAGACGCAGUGCAGGCGGCUGGAGGCCCAGCACUACAGCCUCAGUCUCACGGCCGAGCAGCUCUCCCACAGCAUGGCGGAGUUGAGGAGCCAGAAACAGAAGAUUGUUUCAGAAAGGGAGCGACUCCAGGCAGAACUGGAUCACUUACGGAAGUGCCUUGCGUUGCCUGCAAUGCAUUGGCCUAGAGGUUACUUUAAGGGAUAUCCUAGGUGACGGUUUCCCUUGCACUAGGCCGAACCUAUAGUAUAGAAAUAUUAUUAUCUAUUUUAUUACCUUGAAUAUUUAAUAUUUUUCACUGGGAGGUUUGAAGCUUAAAAAAAUGAGAAUGUGCCAUGCAUGAAGCAAAGGAUUCCAGGCUCCAGAAAAAAGAACGAACUCACCUUGACUUCAAUGCAACUGAAUCGCCUUUGUAAUUCAGCGAGCAACCCCUGUAGAACACCCAGUUUUUUCUUUUUAAAGGCAGUUUUAUUCUUUCCCCACGUCAUGAUUUUUUAAUCUGAAGAUGAAAGGCUCCAUUACCAACACUAGAAUUCAAUCACUUCUGGCCCCUGGGGUGUAAGAUUGGAUGGACCGUUGGUAUUGUGUCUUGUGUUGCCAUGUUGCUAGGCCUCGAGAACCCAGCUUGCUCUGGCUGCAGGGGGUGGUGGCCGGUCUCGGUCCUCCCCGGGGCUGAGACCUACUUCAGUGGAAGGAAGGUGGGGUGCAUUUUUAAGUAAAGGGCUUAUUUGUUUCAGUUACUUUUCUGCAAAAUUUUCUUCAAAGCAACAGGUCCUACGAGCACACAAAGCAACAGUACUGAAGCCUCACCCAAAGGCUUUUCCCCAGAAAAGCUCUUAUCUUACCUAAAGAUAAAGCGAAUCAACAAACUGAAGGUACCUUUUUAUUACUUCAUGGGGGAAAAUGUACAGAGCUCUAUGUACACAUUUAUUCACACCCACCAGAUUGUUACUGCGGUAGGGGUGUUUUCAUACAAACGUAAAUUUUUGAGAGGAAAGUCAAAGGUGCUUCAGCCUUGUACUGUGUAUAUAUAUUAAAAAAACAAAGUUUUGUAUGUUUUUAUUACUUUAAUUAUUGUUAUAAAAAAGCCUGCCAUUUUUAAUAUGUGGUUUGGAGGGAUUUUUGUUGUUUGUUUUCCUGUUUGGGGGUUUCGUUUGUUUUUUGUUUUGUUUUUCUGGGCAAAAAAAAAAAACCUUGCUUUUAGUGUUUGUACUGCUGCUGGUCAGGACAUUAAGAUAUUGAAGUGUUUUUAAAAAAAUUAAAGAAGAAGAAAAGUAAAAGAGCUUACCACUGGCGCCUAUGCGAUCACUUCAUUUUUGAGUUGCACCAGAGUGAUGUAGAAAGCCACGGUUACGUCUUACCUCCUCCUGCGCCCCUCCCCUGCUCCGGACAGCAGCCAGUUCACCACAACCCAUGCUACGAAGCGAGGAGGGGCGGGCUCCAGUGGCCGCCAGGUGGACGCUGUGUGUGCACCUUCACGCGCGCAGGCGCACACGGGCUUCGUUAAAAGAGCCUUUGAGGAAGGGAGCGGCUGCUGGGACAGGAUGCUGAGGUGUCUAUACAGCAGUCUGCGCAGGUGCAAAGUAGAAACUGUAUAGGGUUUAUUUAUUUAGAUGCAAAGCUUUGUACCAGCCUGAAAGUAGGGUGAACAAUGUCUGCGCAGAAUUUCUCUUCUUGGACUGACUGACUGUGCCAACCACAGGAGCGGCUAGGAACGGGGAUGAUCGUUUCAUUGCGAAGCAUGGGAGGAGCCCUCCCUUCUUGCCCCAGUUAUUGCGGGUUCAGGCAGUGUGAAAACUAGAUCAGUAAGGCAUCUCUUGCCCAAAUGGGCCUGAACCAGAGGCCAAAGCAGCCAGUGGCUGGUCUGCCCGGGGGGAGGGGAGGGGAGGGGACCCGAGCAUCACGCCCUGGGCCCGGGGAAGGGCUGGCUGACCUUCAGGAAGGCUACUCACUGUGAUCAGUGGCCACGCCCUCGGCCCCAGACCUUAGCUGCGCGGAACAGCUUGCUGGCAGAUGGCAUUGUGUCACUUUAUCUGUUCCCACACAGUUUGCUUUGUAUGUCUGCCAAGAAUCUUCGUUAUUAGCAAACUCACUCAGACAAAAAGUGCCGCCAGUAUUAUCAGCAGUCAGCAAGUGCUUUUCUCUCUACAGAAACGACUUGACGAGAACUAAGGGCUCUUCUGGGGGCCUCCUCCCCUGCAAAGCCACAGAGAGCGCCAUGUGCCACAGGUGGCGACAGGUGUUGAGAGGGAGCCCCACUGCCAACGAUCAGGGCAAAACGUCACUGAAUUUCUCUACCUAAAAUCUGCUUGCUGUCUCUGAAGGCCUAAGGGUUACAUCUUAACACUUCCCCCCCAGUCCUCCUUCCUCCGUAGUAGAAAAUGUCUGGAUGCCUUUGCUCCUCGGCUCUGGUAAGGGUCCUGGCCAAAAAGCAAAGGGAAAAGUAGAUCUGAUAACUUGCACAGCCCCAUCCUGUUACCACCUGAGGGGAGCGCCUGUGUCUGCUGGUGUUUCGUUGCUUUUGGGGAGGAGGACUCGGCAUGAGGUUAAAGGGAUGCCUGCCCAGGGGGUGCGACUGUGUCACUGAGCUAGAACUAACUGCCUUCCCCCUGCCCGGCCUCUGAGCUGCUCCAUCACUCUGCUUCCCCAUACUCCCACCUACCUGUGAGGGUCUCUGAAUAUUCUAAGGCUCAAGAAGUAAUAGGACAAUCAAUCAGAAUAUAACUACAAACCCAUAAGGCAACAUGAAUAAACUAAGAAAAAGGUAACGAAAGUGCACCAGAGACACAGUACCCAAUCUUGGGGGUUUUUUGGUUCCAUUCAAUAAUUAGUUUUAUAAACUGAAAACACUUAUUCUGAAAGAGCAUGGUAGCAGCAGAGCCUCUUUUCAGUUUGGGCUUAAAAACUGACAGAGAAACAGAGAAAUAUGGAAUCCCUGAAGCUUUUUGUUCAGCUGUUUUACAUUGAGUUUGAAAGACAAAGUUCAGAAGUACACCACAUUUGCUCUAGAACUGAUCAUGGAACUUCCGUGUCAGUAUUUUUGUGAACAGUCCUUCACGACCUGUGUCUUCCCAUGGCACCUGGGAGAGACGGCUGCCAUCUGCCCUCUGAAGGGGGUUUCGCUAAACCUGUGCGGGAUCCCUUCCAAAAGUGAGUCGUGUGGUUCUGCAUUUAAUCACAUCAUUAGCAACCCAGAGCUUUCCCCCAAACUUGGCGCCACAGGUAGAAACAAGCCAAACUGACAUGAAAUAUCAUAAUCUUAAUCCAUUAUCUCAGAUAAGUGACCAAGAUACGCUCUUCAAAAGCUAGUCUAUAUUCUAAAGGAAACAAAACACUUAAUUGGCAUUAACAUGCUAAUAGAUUAUACACCCUCAGGGAAACUCAAAGAAUAUUAAAAGGAGCCCACACCUUCAGCAAAGUAGCGAAGCAUUAAAGUAUUCUAACAGGAAAUCUUAAGUUUGUAUGUGGGAUGAUGUUUCGUCAAGUAGCUCACAAUGCUGUCACAUCUCCAAAAUUAGAUUGCAUACCCGCCUUUCCCUCUGGGCCACGGCUUAAAAGUGUAGCAAGUUCCAGGGACCUGCCACCAGAUGGAGAUGGUCAGCACCGCGAUGCUGUUCAUCGUACAGCGUGGAUUAGCCACUUCGCAGCAGCCCUGUCCUCUCCCAAGUAACCACACUAUCGACUUUACUACUUGCAGUAGCCUGUCCCCAACUUUCUGAUGCAGCGCUUAACCUUAACUCCUUAACUCUGCCUUGACCCGAGGAAGACCACGCUAAUCAGUCGUGUUACUUUGUAUGUACCUGUGCUUAACUGCUAGAACAGUCAACCAGUACAUGGAGGGAGGAGGAACGGUGCCUCGGUCACUCUGGGGGGCAAUUUAGAUGCUGUGAAAUUAAACCUGUUCUAAGUGUACUUGUUUGAAUUAACUGUAUUGUAAUAUUAUUUGUUGAAUGUAGUAAUUAGGUAUUUAUGAAUAUAUUGCUGUAAUUUCUGACAACAUCCAAAAAAUAAAAUCUUCCUAAAUCA